AUGGAUGCUAGUAAGUAUGUGAGGUACACACCAGAGCAAGUGGAAGCCCUGGAGAGAGUCUACGCAGAAUGCCCGAAACCGACUUCUUUGAGAAGGCAACAGCUCAUUAGAGAGUGUCCCAUUCUUUCUAACAUUGAACCUAAACAGAUCAAAGUCUGGUUUCAAAACCGCAGAUGCCGUGAAAAGCAGAGGAAGGAAGCGUCUCGUCUCCAGACUGUUAACAGGAAGUUGAGUGCCAUGAACAAGCUGUUGAUGGAAGAGAAUGACCGCCUUCAGAAGCAGGUCUCACAGCUGGUUUAUGAAAAUGGUUAUAUGCGCCAACAAUUGCACACAGUAAGUGCACCGACCACUGAUACUAGCUGUGAAUCUGUCGUUAUGAGUGGUCAACAACAACAGAAAAACAUAGCACCUCAGCAUCCAGAAAGGGAUGCUAAUAGCCCAUCUGGUCUUCUUGCUAUAGCUGAGGAGACCCUGGCAGAGUUCCUUGGAAAGGCUACUGGAACUGCUGUCGACUGGGUCCAAAUGAUAGGGAUGAAGCCUGGUCCGGAUUCUAUUGGCAUUGUUGCUGUUUCACGCAACUGUAGUGGGGUAGCAGCAAGAGCCUGCGGUCUCGUGAGUCUCGAACCGAGUAAGGUCGCUGAGAUUCUAAAAGAUCGUCUUUCUUGGUUUCGCGAUUGCCGUUGCCUUGAUGUAGUGAACGUGAUUCCUACAGGAAAUGGAGGGACUAUAGAGCUCAUAUAUAUGCAGACUUAUGCACCAACAACAUUGGCAUCGGCUCGUGACUUUUGGACAUUGAGAUAUACUACAAGUUUGGAAGAUGGAAGUCUUGUGAUAUGCGAGAGGUCUUUAACAUCUUCCAGUGGUGCCCCAACAGGGCCUACAGCACCAUGCUUUGUAAGAGCUGAAAUGCUACCUAGUGGCUGCCUGAUACGUCCUUGUGAGGGUGGUGGCUCCAUUGUUCACAUUGUUGAUCAUUUUGACUUGGACGCGUGGAGUGUUCCUGAAGUUCUAAGGCCACUUUAUGAAUCUUCUAAAAUCCUUGCACAGAAGAUGACUAUGGCUGCCUUGCGACACAUAAGACAGAUUGCGCAAGAAACCAAUGGAGAAAUUCAAUGCAGUGGCGGUCGCCAGCCUGCUGUUCUGAGGGCAUUGAGUCAAAGAUUAUGUAGGGGAUUUAAUGAUGCUGUUAAUGGGUUUGUCGAUGAUGGUUGGUCGAUCCUGGGUGGUGAUGGGGUGGAAGAUGUAACCAUUGCCAUAAAUUCAUCUCCGAGCAAAUUUCUUGGUUCCCAGCACAACACUCUGUCCAUGCUCCCUUCUUUUGGGGGCGUCCUUUGUGCUAGAGCAUCAAUGCUGGUUCAGAAUGUUCCCCCUGCAUUGCUUAUUCGUUUUUUGAGGGAGCAUCGUUCUGAGUGGGCUGACUAUGAGGUUGAUGCUUAUUCUGCCGCAUCUCUUAAAGCUAGUCCUUAUGCAGUUCCUUGUGCAAGGCUUAGCGGGUUUCCUGGCAGCCAAGUCAUUUUACCUCUUGCCCAGACUGUAGAGCACGAAGAGUUCUUGGAGGUGGUUCGCUUAGAGGGUCAUGCAUUCUCACCAGAGGACAUAGCUUUGUCACGGGACAUGUACUUGUUACAGCUAUGUAAUGGGGUUGAUGAGUCAACUUCCGGUGCCUGUGCUCAGCUCGUUUUUGCACCAAUUGAUGAAUCAUUCGGUGAUGAUGCUCCUUUGCUUUCAUCUGGUUUUCGUGUUAUACCGUUGGAUGCUAAAACAGAUGGGGCUGCAGCAACUCGGACAUUGGAUUUGGCAUCUACCCUUGAGGUGGGACCUAGUGGAGCUCGUACAGCUGGCGAAGUCGAUUCGUGUAAUCAGAGUCUUAGCUCCCAAUCCCAAAUGGUACCGAAGACUCUUCCUGGUUCACCAGAGGCUGUUACAUUGGCACGGUGGAUUUGCAGGAGCUAUAGGAUGCACACCGGGGGAGAAUUCCUUCAGAUUGAUUCGGAAGCUGGUGAUGCUGUUUUGAAACAACUGUGGCAUCAUAGUGAUGCUAUCAUGUGCUGCUCUGUCAAAAUGAAUGCGUCUGCGGUUUUCACAUUUGCAAACCAGGCAGGUCUCGACAUGCUUGAGACUACACUUGUGGCGCUUCAGGAUAUAAUGCUCGAGAGGAUUUUGGACGAAACUGGCCGAAAGCUACUCCUUUCAGAGUUCUCCAAGAUAAUGCAGCAGGGAUUCGCCUAUCUGCCUGCAGGAGUGUGUGUUUCGAGCAUGGGCAGGCCUAUUGCUUAUGAACAAGCCAUUGCGUGGAAGGUUCUGAACGACGAUGACUCCAAUCACUGCCUUGCUUUCAUGUUCGUAAACUGGUCCUUUGUCUAA